UUACCUUCCGAUCGGAAGAAGAAGCCGGCUGACAUAGGAAUAGGAAUUCGACAGAACUUUCCCAAGAUCUGUGAGAAUGGCUUACGAGAAGCGCCUAAAAUCGCAGAACCUCGUGCAUUUGCUGCAGAACCGCGAGUCCGGAUACACCAACGUGGGCCAACAGCCGGGCAGAAUGCCGCUGUUGGCCUACGAACGUCUCUUCUACAAGUGCAUCACACCUUGCCUGACCAUUGACUCGAUUACCAUUCCGCCGAUCUACCUGCGCAAGUUCACGCCGGAUGGCAGGAAAUUGCUGGCCUUCUCGCAGGAUCAGCGCAGCCUGCUCAUAUACAGCUACGGGGGUUCCAGUUGUGCGGCGGUGGGAGAACUGAUUCGCCAGGCGGAUGUGGGCAGUGGCGAGUUCUUUAGUAGCCAGGACAGCAUACUCAAGAGCCAGAUCUUUGAACGCCUAUUUCCCACAAAAGAGACGCUGAAUCUAUGCCAGGGCGACUUUGGCCUCUACUAUCUGCAUCGGGAGUUCAGUGUGUUCCUGGAAGACGGUCGUUAUGCCAUGCUGGCUGCCAUGACCGUUGUGCGCGGCGCUCUGCCGGUCGAAGACUACGUACGGUACCCAGAUCUGUUCGACAAAGUGGAUGCCUUCUCGUAUGUGUUCUUUCUGGUGGAUUUGAAGCUCGGCGUCGUCACAGAUAGACUAAUCCUGCCCAACGACUCCAUCGUCAUUGCCCACAAUCAUGGGAUUUCCGUGUUUGGCUCAACAGUGAUGAUGAUGUCCCGCCUGCAUCAGUGCGUUUACGUCUAUUGGGUGAAUGACGGUAAGUUCCACCAGCAGGAGACGAUUGGUCCCCGGCCGAGGGACUUUAUCGAGAAGGCUACCACAGACUUUGACAACCUAGACGCCACCACAGUUUUGCCCAUAACGCACAUUAAACAGCGCGUCCUUAGUUUCCAGUACCGCCAAAUUAAUGAUAAAAGUGGCAACCCGACGGAUAGUCAGAAGUCGUUUUAUAAAAACUUUGAGUAUAUAGAGCACAUGAUCAUGGAGAGAAUGCAUCUGGUGAACGAUGAACUUCUGAUGUUGCGCUAUGAAGAGCGUCCAAAAGAUACCGAUACCAUGCCCAUGGCUACAUCACCGCGCCGCUUAUAUGUAUUCUACACCAUAACUGGCGAGGAAGUGGUUGGCGUUUAUCCGGAAUAUUCCAUCAACCUGCUGCACAUCUUACUGCAAUUCAAUGACUAUAUGAGCAAUGAUCGAUCGCUGCAAUUCGGUGAUGCACCUUCGUUGCCCAUGCAUUUUUUCCUAAGGCAUACAUUUGCGGAUACCAAUGAAUCGGUCUCCGUCGAUCGACAUACGGCCUUGCGCUUCAACCCCAGCGUUCCACUCAGCUCCCAGAGCCUCUCCUCGUCGCCCUAUCUAAAGUUCAACGAAUUUAGAUACGACAGUCGGUACGUGUCUCCUCUGGAGCAACCCCAUCGCUGCUCCAACGAACCUAUUGUGUUUAUUGACCGUGCCACGGAUUCGAUCAAGUUUAGACUGCACGCCACGGCCCGCCGACAUUUAAAUCCUCUGGCACCACGGGAAUUGUGCGCCUUUAUUUGGCAUCCCUUUGACCCACUAGUGCUCAGUAUCCAGAAAUGCAUGAACAGCUACGUCUACCAUGUGCACCUGUACAACCACAGCACCAUAGUGGAAAAGUAGACUGCCCAAUAUGUACAUACAUGCUUUUGUACAUUUUGGUAUAAAACAUAACAAAGUACCUUUUAUAUUAUGAAAUAUAUGUGAUACUAAAAUA